GCUGUAUCCCUUCUAGCCAUGAGAGUGCUGAUGCAGUCAGAACGUUUGAUCGUCAGCAUGGUUACUAUUCCUACCACCUGUGAGAGCGAUGCGCAGAGCCCGUUGAGAUCCGACUGCAGCUUGAACCACUGCUGAAUCCACACGUCUUCAGAUCUUCUACAUUCACUGUUAAAGUUUUAGAAUUAGUCACAUUAGUCAUAGUCACAUUCCGCGCACACACAAGUAUGUUGAGCGUCUUGUUUCUCCAGUCCAGCAGGAGGCGCUCUGCAGCUCUUUAAUAUUCCGCUGAUAAACCCACUGAAGAAAAAAAAUGCUGUUUUAAAUGUGCAUGUUGAUUUUCUGUCUAGAAAUAAUUCACAGUUUCAAGAGAAACGAACAAAAAUAUGAUGAAGUCACACGUGGAUGUAAUGUGUUGUAAAUCAGUAGGAACUGAUCUGUCCAUGCUGGAUAUCGAUGAUUUCAUCACAGAAAUCUGUCAGCUGAAGAAAGAGGUGGCGUCACUGGACGAAAAGCUGAGGACAAGAGGAGCUGAACUCAAGCCAGAGGAUGUGUCAAAGGUUUUCUCGAGUCAGUCUUCAGUGUGUGUGAGUGACGGGAGCUCCACAGAAUGCCUGGAUUCAAUGUGGAGCAGCAGAGAUCAGAGCACACCACUGCUGGACAGACUCUCUGAACAGAAGUCCAGACACACACAGGACUCAGAGCUCAGCCUCACUUUACUCUGUUAUACUGACACAAACCCCACAGACGCUCAGGACACUGUGUGUGACAGUAAUCACACCUUGAAUCAGAAUGAAUCUACUAAUCAAACCUCCACAGAGUCUCGGUCUGAUUCUGUCUGUAACGCUGGACAACAGCAGACGAUGACACUGAAGUUGUGUUCAGUCAAACUCAUGGAUUGCCAGAAACUGAUGGAGAUGAGAAAAGAAACCGCAAUAGACGAGCAUCACACUGAUGAAGAUGAAAAUGAUGAUGAUGGUGAUUUUAUUCCUUCAGAUGAGAACAGUGAUUCGUGUUGUGAUGGAGAAAGGUCGUUCGAAUCAAAACAGCGACCGACAGCGCAAACUCUUUCCUGCAGCACCUGUGGAAAGACAUUGAGUUCACAGGGACAUUUAGCCAGACACGAGAGAAAACACACCGAACAGAAACUCUUCAAAUGCAUGAGAUGUAAGGUCCGCUUUCCUACCUUACAAGAGAGAAAACGUCAUUCACAAGAGCACAGCAAGAGGUUUCAUUGUGAGCAGUGUGGAAGGAGUUUUGCCUUCCCGUCUGCUCUAAAGAUUCACUUAAAGACCCACAAUGGUGAGAAGCCUUUCCACUGCACUGACUGUGGCCAGAAUUUCAUAUCCAAAACAAAUCUGGUUGCUCAUAGGAGAAUUCACACAGGGGAAAAACCGUACAAGUGUCCUCACUGUGACAAGAGAUUCAACCACGGAUCCCAUCUGAAGAAACACGUGUGCGUACACACCGAUGAGAGGCCGUAUCAGUGCAGUGAAUGUGGAAAAACCUUUAAGAGCGCAAGUGGUCUUAAACAGCACCAAACCACACAUACUGUGGAGAAACUCUAUCAGUGUUCGCACUGUGAGAAACGUUUUCGUUGUAAAUCUUCUCUGAUAUGCCACGAGAGAAUUCACACUGGAGAGAAACCCUUCUUGUGCUCUCACUGUGGAAAGACCUUCACUGAUUCAAGUACUUUGAGAGUUCACGGGAGAGUUCACACUGGAGAAAAGCCUCAUCGCUGCAGAGUUUGUGGGAGGAGUUUCUCGAAACAUUAUAACUUAAUGAAACACCAGACUAUUCAUACAGGAGACAGACUUUACAAAUGUUCUCAGUGCGACAAGACGUUUGCUCGAUCAGACGGCCUGAGAACCCAUGAGAGAGUUCAUACCGGAGCGAAACCUUACCACUGCUCCAUCUGCGGCGAGAGAUUCACUUAUUUAGGAAGUUUUUACGCGCAUCAGAAGAAACAUGCUGAAGAGCAGACUGCACUGAAAUCAGCAUCGUAGCGUUUUGCCAUCCGCUAUACGUCAUUUCAGUUCUUCUCCUUAUAUUCAUGUGGUCUUGAAAUGAUCAGUUUACAUUUACAUUUAGUCACUUAGCCGAAGCUUUUAUCCAAAGCGACGUACACGGUCAGGCAAAGUCUUGAACUACGAAUCCUUAUGAUGCACCGAUGUAAAAAUUCUGGGCUGAAACAAAAAAAUUAGGAUGCAAUUGGAAAAACCAGAAUUUAAGAUUAAUUUUUAAACUUAUUUUAAAAUAGUUUCUUUUUUGUUUGUAUAAUUUUAUUAAUGCUAGACUUUUAACACUAAUGCUAAAAACACAACAUUUAACAACAUUUGUACCAAUCAUUAAAGGAACGGUUCACCCAAAAAUUAAAAGUCUGUCAUUUUUUAUAAAUACUAUGGGGGAGGGGGUGAGAUCUGUUUGACAUUCUUACAAAUAUCUUUCUUUGUGUUUAGCAGAGUGGAUUAUGUUUUGACUUCAAUCUAAACAAAACUUAUAAUUUAGUGUUUGCCUAGAAUGUGCAGAAAUGUUCUCUUGCCAUUUUCUCAAGCAUUUUCUUGUGGUUUCAUGCUUUUUAAACAACAUUAUAGGAGUUCCCAUUCUAUUUGUGCUCUUACUGGCUGCUCUUUUUUCAUUAUUUAGUCAAAGUCAUCCAUUUAAAAGUCAUUUUUCAUUAAAU